AUGUCGACGUCCGCGAAGGAGCUCCAGGCGCUGCGCAAGGAGGAGCUUGUGCAGUGGGUGCUGGAGUUGCAGGAGGAGAAUGUCAGUCUGCAGCGUGAGGUGGAGGAGCUGCGGCGGUGCUCGCCCCGCAGCAAACACCUCGACGUCAACAGCCUCCGGCCGCUGCGGCGGGAGUCGGGGGGGCUGCGCUGCGGGACCCCCACGCGGGCCGGCGCAGCCUCCCCAAACGGCAAGGGCAGCACCUACACGCUGUCCUUCUCCGUGAUGUUGAUUGAGAACGGCACCGCCAUCUCGGUGCCGCUCUCCUCUGUGAUAGACAAAAGCUACAUGCGCCCCGACCUCCGCGACGCCGACACGCCUGUGGUGGCCUCGUCCUUGAUGCGGGACGACUACGACGCGGAGUCGUUUCCGCGCCACUCGGUGGGUAGCCUGCAGAUGGAGCGCUCCCCCAGCGCGAGCGUCGAGGAGCCGCUUGGGCGCAGCAGCGAGCUGCGCGGGUUUGGCGGCGGCGCGUGUGCAGCGCCGUCGGUGGCGAGUAGCGGGGCGGGCCCGGGCCCGAGCGUAAGCGGGAGCGGGGGCGGCCGGCCGUCCAUUUCGUUUGACUUCGUCCCCUCCGACGACGCCAACGAGCCCGCGCCGCAGGACCCCGCGUCGGGUCAGCCGCCCCUCACCGCGCAGCAGCUGGAGCGGGGCCUGCAGGGGCAGGAGGCGCGGCAUCGGAGCAUUCGUCACGAGCUGCGGCGCCUGAGUUUAGGGCGCGUUCUGAAUAAACGCUCGGUUUCGUUAGACGCGGAUGCGCUCGUGUCGUGUCAGACGCUGCGCACCUUCCACCGGCAGAUGCUGGAGGGGGUCAGGGGGCUCUCCCCGCUCUCGUCCCACGGCAACGCCAUUUACCACUACAUUGUGAAGAACUUUGCGGUCCGCAACGGCUGCCGGCACAGCCCCGGCGACGUGGAGGGCUUCGGCCGCACCCUGUGCAGCCUCUGCGGGGAGGUAAAGGCGCUCCUGCAGAGCGAACCCCGCCACGGCAGCACGGUGUCGCCGUGCUACGUCUUUGGCGACCUGCACGGCAACUUUCUGGACCUCUUCUACUUCCUGGACAACCUCAUCUCGUUUCAGGACCUGCGCUACACCCCACACCGCUUUCUCUUCCUUGGCGACUACGUGGAUCGCGGGGACUUCAGCGUGGAGGUGGUGGCGUACCUCUUCUCCAUGAAGGUGCUGGCCCCGGAGAAGGUGCUGCUGCUGCGCGGCAACCACGAGGACACGCUCGUCAGCGGCGACAUCUCCGGCUACGGCAACACCAGCUUCCGGGCCCAGUGCCGCAACCUCUUUGGCCACGCCCUCGGCGAGGAGCUGUGGCAGCGGGCGAGCGAGACCUUUGCGUACCUCCCCCUCACGGCGAACAUUGACGGCCGCAUUUUCUGCGCCCACGGCGGCAUCCCACGCUACCGCGGCGGCGUGGACGACAGAAUGCAGGUCCUCUGCCGCGACGACUUUCCCGCGCUGGAGACGCUCUUCAACGUCCCAGAGGAGGAGAGUCCGCGGGCGCGCAUGUGCCGGCAGAUGGCCAUCGACACCUGCUGGGCCGACCCCGCCGAGGACGAGGGAGCGCUGGACAAGUGGGGCUUCGGCGCCAACCCGCGGGGCUCCGGCGUCAUCCUCUUCGGCUCCGCCGCCGUGGACCAGUUCCUUGCGAACUACAACUUCGAGUACAUCUUCCGCGCCCACCAGGAGAAGUCGGAUGGGCUGAAGCUCAGCAAGAGUGCGCGGGUGUUUACGAUAUUCAGCACCAGCGCGUACGUGGGGCACGAAAACGGUGCCGGGGUCGUGCUCGUUGCGGAUGGAAAGAUUCGCCUGAUCAUCAAAAGCGCCGACGACUGUGCUCAGGCGGGCGACGAGGAGGAAGAGGAGGAGGACGGCGAGGACGGCGACGGCGGCACGGACACGAGGCAGUAA